AUCAUAACACCAAAAUGCAUGCGUUCUCAUCAACAAUAAUAAGCACUCCAUGAUCAUUUAGCCAUAUUCAUCACCAUCACCCUCCUCCUCCUCCUCCUCCUCCUUAGCUUGCACAUAUACAUGGGAGCUCGUUGCUCCAAAUUCUCUUUUUGCUGGUUCCACUCGAACCUCAAACCAUGUGUCCUUGAAUCCCCCGACCAAGAAAAUGGUGUAAAGAGUGAAAAGGAGUUGUGUGAGUUCAAGUUGGAGGAACUGAAGGGUGCAACAAACGGUUUCAGUUCGGAGAACAUAGUGUCUGAGCAUGGAGAGAAGGCUCCCAAUGUGGUCUACAAAGGGAAGCUUCAAAAUGGAAGUUCCAUCGCCAUUAAACGCUUCAACAAGUUUGCUUGGCCCGAUUCUCGCCAAUUCCUUGAAGAAGCAAGGCAAGUGGGGAGCCUUAGAAGUGAACGUUUGGCGAAUUUGAUUGGUUAUUGCUAUGAAGGGGAAGAGAGGCUUCUAGUGGCUGAGUUCAUGCCCCAUGAAACACUUGCCAAACAUCUCUUUCAUUGGGAGAGAGAGCCAAUGAAAUGGGCAAUGAGGUUGAGAGUGGCAUUCUACUUAGCUCAAGGUCUAGAGUAUUGCACAAGUAAAGGAAGGGGUUUGUAUCACGAUCUGAAUGCCUAUAGAAUCUUGUUUGACCAGGAUGGUAAUCCUAGGUUGUCUUGCUUUGGCCUCAUGAAGAACAGCAGAGAUGGCAAGAGUUACAGCACUAAUUUGGCUUUCACCCCUCCUGAGUAUCUAAGGACUGGGAGAGUGACCCCAGAGAGUGUGGUUUAUAGUUUUGGAACAUUGUUGCUUGAUCUCUUGAGCGGUAAACAUAUUCCCCCAAGCCAUGCACUUGACCUUAUUCGGGGGAAGAAUUUCUUGAUGUUAAUGGAUUCAGCGUUGGAGGGUCAUUUCUCAAAAGAUGAUGGAACAGAGUUGGUUCGUUUGGCUUCUCGUUGUUUGCAGUAUGAACCUCGUGAGAGGCCAAAUGCUAAGUCUCUUGUUGCUUCUCUCAUCUCACUUCACAAACAAUCAGAGGUUCCCUCAUAUGUUCUGAUGGGUCUGAAGCAUGAAACUACAUUAUCCUCAACAAAGCAAUUGGCAUUGACACCUUUUGGGGAAGCUUGUUUAAGAGUGGACCUUACUGCCAUACAUGAAAUAUUAGAGAAGAUUGGUUACAAAGAUGAUGAAGGAAUUUCCAAUGAGCUUUCAUUUCAAUUAUGGACCAGUCAAAUGCAGGAGACCUUGAAUUUGAAGAAGCAUGGAGAUACUGCUUUUCGAGCUAAGGACUUUGCCACUGCCAUUAACUGCUAUACUCAAUUCAUAGAUGGAGGCACAAUGGUAUCACCAACAGUGUAUGCAAGGAGGUGCUUAUCAUAUUUGAUGAAAGAGAAAGGGGAAGAAGCAUUAGAAGAUGCAAUGCAAGCCCAAACAGUGUCUCCUCAAUGGCUCACUGCUUUGUAUCUUCAAGCAGCUUGUCUCUUCACCCUUGGCAUGGAUAAUGAUGCUCAACAAACUCUCAACCAUGCCACUAAUAUGGAACCCAAAACAAACAAAAUUUGAUACUUUUCUACACAAUUAUAAUAAUUUGUUAGCUU